GUGGGUGAAGUCAAGAACUUAUAUGUCUCGGCACGCCACCAUGCGCGACGCUGGAAUAAGGUUGUUAUUAUGUGUUGUCCGAUAGUCCUUUAUGGCGUGGUAUGCUGUUGCUGCGUGCCAGGCCUUGUUGUUUCGCGGGUUCCUUUGUUUGCUCAUCUGGGAGCGGUCGACUCUGUGCCCCUCUCACCCCUAUAUCGUCAAUCUCGUUAAGUCAGUCAGUCCUUUCCACCCGGUAGUAAUUAGGUUGCUAUAUGGUGAUGCUUUAUGUGAAUUAAGCCAGGAUUUUAGCAGUAUAGGAUACGUGGGUUGAUUGGCGUGAACGGAUAUGAACCCUUUGUUGGUCUGACUACGGGGCGACUGGUAACAUGGUGGUCCGAAUCCCUCUGCCGGAUUCGGCGCGUAUUCUGGCGUUCUAAGUCAAU